UUCGAGCCGAAACCUGUUUAUCUGUUUUGACCUCUACCCAAGAUGCAUCAGUAAAGAUGGCCGCGCACAUGAGACAAUAAAUUUUCUCGUGAAAAAAGUCUACGUUGCAUGCGCAAUUUUGCAUCUUUGGCGAAAAACCUCUUACCGUUGAGGUUCAUAUCAAGCUCCCCAGUAAGUGCCAGCAUGGGAAGGCGGUGGAAGAAAAAGAGGCCAGGACACGGGGGUCCGGGACAGAGACGGGACAGGCCCCACCGGGACCAGCGACCACAGAGACCUAACGAGUGGCAGGACACGUUUGUCAAGGAGAACAAAGACUUUGAGAGGUUCUACAAGGAACAAGGUAUUGUCCCAGAGGGGGAGUGGGACCAGUUCCUGGAAGGGCUGAGGAGCCCCUUGCCUGCAACGUUCCGUAUCACAGGGUAUAAGAGUCAUGCGCAGGAGCUCCUAAGGAGACUGAAGGGGCAGUACAUCAGUCAGCUGCUAGAGGUCACUUCUGAGGAUGGAGAGCUGUUGGAAAAGCCCCAGCCUAUCCCAUGGUACCCGGAUGAGCUUGCCUGGAGGACUAACUACUCCAGGAAGGACCUGAGACGGUCGCCAGCUCUGGCCAAGUUCCACGACUUCCUGGUUACAGAGACCGAGACUGGUAAUGUAAGCAGGCAGGAGGCAGUGAGCAUGAUCCCUCCUCUACUGUUGGAUGUACAGCCACACCAUAAGAUCUUGGACAUGUGUGCUGCCCCUGGUUCUAAGACUGCCCAGCUCAUCGAGAUGCUCCAUACAGAGGAUGGACAGAGUUUCCCAGGUGGUUUUGUUGUUGCCAAUGAUGCGGACAACAAGCGUUGUUACAUGCUGGUUCAUCAGGCCAAGAGACUGAACAGUCCGUGUUUCCUGGUCACCAACCAUGAUGCCAGCCACAUGCCCAACAUGACUGUACCCGCCGAAGGUGAAGAGGGUACUACAGGCACUCUGGCCUAUGACAGGGUACUUUGUGAUGUACCAUGCAGUGGAGAUGGUACCAUGCGGAAAAACCCAGAUGUGUGGAAGAAGUGGUCACCAGGACAGGGCCAGAACCUGCACAAUCUCCAGUUGAGGAUAGUGCGGAGAGGGAUCGAGCUGCUGAGGGUGGGGGGGCAGCUGGUGUACUCCACCUGCUCACUCAACCCCCUAGAGGACGAGGCUGUCAUUGCAGCUCUGCUAACUGAGUGUGAAGACUCUGUGGAACUAGUCGACGUGUCCGACAAACUCAUUGGUUUGAAGAGGCUUUCUGGAGUCUCCUCCUGGAAGGUAAUGACCAAGAAAGGUGAGUUCUACAGCUCCAUAGAAGAAGUGCCAACAGACAGAAGUACCAACCUCAGAAGGGCGUCCAUGUUCCCUCCUCCCGACCCGGACAAGCUCAACGCCAUGCACCUCGACAGAUGCAUUAGGAUUUUGCCCCACCACCAAGACACUGGAGGGUUUUUUGUUGCUGUCCUGAGGAAGACCAAAGCUCUGCCAUGGACAAGACAGGGCAAGGCUGACCGCAGGAGAGAAGAGUCAGAACUGACUGGAGACGAAGCCAAGUCGUCAGAUACAAGUGCCGCUCCCGGGCAGGCAGGGGAGGGGGGCGUCAGGCAGGAAACUGGGGCGGCUGCAGAGGCUGAUGGGAAGGGGUCAGACACAGGUCAAGGAGAAGGGGAUGAUGGGAAGAACGAAGAUGAAGCAGGGAAUAGUAACGGAAGUGAAGGCCUUGCCAGACCUCCUCCAGCCAAGAAAGCCAAGUUAGCCUGGGAAGGGUCCUACAAAGAGGAUCCCUUUGUCUUCUUCACAGAAGAUGAGGAGCUGUGGCCCAUUAUGAGGGAUUUCUACCAGAUUUCAGACACUUUCCCCCACCUCCAACUUCUGGUUCGCUGUUACGAGGGGAAAAAACGUACGGUGUACCUGGUGUCCAAGGAAGUUAAAGACAUCCUAACGUACAAUGAGAACAGCCUCAAGGUUAUCAACUGUGGUGUCCGUGUGAUGGUCAGGAGCAGGAACGACAAGUCAAAAACCAUGUCUCUCUUCAGGCUGGCACAGGACGGUAUCCCCACCCUGCUGCCCUACAUCAAUGGGAGGAGGGUUGAGAUCAAACAGGAGGACGCCAUCCUGCUCCUGACAGAGGAGAACCCACACAUCCACAAACUCACCGCUGAGGCCAGGGACCAGCUCAAACCUCUGGAGGAGGGCAGUAUUGUGAUGGUGUAUGAACCAGAUAUGAGUAACCCAGAAGCUGUCCACUGUAAGAUGGUGUUUGUAGGCUGGCGAGGGAAGGUGACGGUCAGGUCCUUUGUGCCUAAGAAUGACCGGAGGCACUUCCUGCUGCUGUGUGGGGUGGACGUGGAGGUCAGACAGACCAAGAGGAGACAGAUGGCCCUGGAGAGGGAGGCAAAGGGGCAAACAGCAAAUGAGGAUGUUGAGGAAGGAGCAGGGCAGGGAGAAGAGGACAAUGAGGAGGAUGCUGAGGAGGAUGUUGCCAUGACAACUAGAAGUGAUGAUGAUGAUGGAGCCUUGGCCACAACAGAGACUAGCGACACUGUUGAGGAAGAGACAAGUGCAAUAGAGUCUGAUGCACAGUCUAGCAUAAAAGAAUAAUUUUUUUAAAAGAAUAAAGACUUAAGGUUUUGAAGUAAGAUUCAGAAGAAUGAAUUGGUACCAGGGACCAUUGUCACUGCAACAAGGCAAAGAUUUGUUUUUUUUAAAUCUCACAUAAAAUCUCAAGACUCUUUGCCACUUUCCAAGGCACUACAAGUUGGAAGCCUAUCAGUAUAUAUACCCAAGAAGUACAGGAGGCACCCAGUCAAAAGGGUGCACACAUCAAUGUCUUACAGUGUACAUGUAACAGGAAGGACUUGGGGGGGAGGGGGAGUGGUUGAAAUGUGAACAGCAUUUUGUACCAAAAUGGUAACAUGAUAGAAGAUCAUAGCUAAACUGAAAAUUCAAACAACUUAAACCCACACCUCACAUUCCUUCCUGGACCUUUGUACAUGUAUAAGCAAUUGCAAAUGUUGAAACACAAAUACCACUUAUUGCAAUUGAUAAUAGAUAAGUGUAUUUUAUGUCAAGUUUGUACACCUAUUUAUUUUUUGGUGCAAAAAUGAUGCUUACUGGUAUACUGUAUAUCCUUUCAGACGUUCAAAAAUGAAUUGUACUUCUCUGUAUGUAAGAUAGAAGCCCUGUAAGACUUGCUACAGAUACAAGCUACAGAUACAAGUACUAUGUAGACUUGCUAUAGAGAGCCAAAAAUCAAUGAAGGUAGAAAAACAUGGAAAGUAGUGACUUUUUGAUGAUGUCAUGCCAUGUUGUAAGUUCCUUUUAUUUCCUAGAAUAAAUUGCUGGUAAGA